AUGGUAAGCUCUAUCGUUAGCGAUAACGCAGAGUACAAGGAAGCCUUCGCUUUGUUCGAUAAAAAGGGGACAGGAAAGGUACCAAGGGAGACACUGGGAGACCUCUUGAGAGCACUGGGUCAAAAUCCUACUCAAGCAGAAGUUGCGGAGAUCGUUGCAGCAGCUCCAAGAGAUGUGGACUACGCCGUUUUUCUACAAAUACUAAAUCGUCCAGACGGGUUCAAACCUGCUGGAACUCCCGAGGAGUUCAUCCGCGGUUUCCAGGUAUUUGACAAGGAAGGAAAUGGAUUCAUUGGCGCUGGAGAGUUGAGAUAUGUGCUUACACAGCUAGGGGAAAAGAUGUCGGACGAGGAGGUCGAUGAGUUGCUGAAAGGAGUUCAGAUUGGCGCUGACGGGAAUGUCAACUACGAAUCAUUUGUGCGCACAAUCCUCAGUCAGUAG